AUGGCCGCCACCACCACCAGCAUCCGCCAGUUCUCCACCUCGGGCUCUAUGAAGGGCGUGUGUGUGCCUGGCGGAGGUUUCUCCCGAAUGUCUUCGGUCCGUGUUGGGGGUGCCUGCAGGGCCCCUAGCCUCCUGGGAGCCAGCAGCUGUGGCAACAUGUCGGUCGCCUCAUCCCGCUUCUCAGCAGGCUUGGGUGCCAGCUACAGCAGUGGCUACACCUGCAACCUGGGCGGGGGCUUUGGAUCCAGCUUUGGCGUGUCGGACGCCCUGCUCGGGGGCGGUGAGAAGGAGACCAUGCAGAACCUCAAUGACCGCCUGGCCUCCUACCUGGAGAAGGUGCGGGCCCUGGAGGAGGCCAAUGCUGACCUGGAGGUGAAGAUCCGAGACUGGUACCAGAAGCAGGGCCCCAGGCCUGCCCAAGACUACAGCCACUACUUCAAGAUUAUUGAAGACCUGCGGAGCAAGAUUCUGGCAGCUACCAUUGACAACGCCAACUUGGUGCUGCAGAUCGACAAUGCCCGCCUGGCAGCCGAUGACUUCCGCACCAAGUACGAGACGGAGCUGAACCUGCGCAUGAGUGUGGAGGCCGACAUCAACGGCCUGCGCAGGGUGCUGGACGAGCUGACCCUGGCCAGAGCCGACCUGGAGAUGCAGAUCGAGAGCCUGAAGGAGGAGUUGGCCUACCUGAAGAAGAACCACGAGGAGGAAAUGAAUGCCCUUCGAGGCCAGGUGGGCGGGGAUGUCAGUGUGGAGAUGGAUGCUGCCCCUGGCGUGGACCUGAGUCGCAUCCUCAACGAGAUGCGUGAACAGUAUGAGAAGAUGGCGGAGAAGAACCGCAAGGAUGCCGAGGACUGGUUCUUUAGCAAGACGGAGGAGCUGAACCGGGAGGUGGCCACCAACACGGAGGCCCUGCAGAGCAGCAGGACAGAGAUCACUGAGCUCCGCCGUACGGUGCAGAACCUGGAGAUCGAGCUGCAGUCCCAGCUCAGCAUGAAAGCGUCUCUGGAGGGCAGCCUGGCGGAGACCGAGGCACGCUACGGGGCCCAGCUGGCUCAGCUGCAGGGGCUCAUCAGCAGCAUCGAGCAGCAGCUGUGUGAGCUGCGCUGUGACAUGGAGCGCCAGAACCACGAGUACCAGGUGCUGCUGGACGUGAAGACGCGGCUGGAGCAGGAGAUCGCCACCUACCGCCGCCUGCUGGAGGGCGAGGACUCCCACUUGGCGACCCAGUACUCCUCAUCCCUGGCCUCGCAGGCCACCCGGGAAGCCACGGUGACCAGCCGCCAGGUGCGCACCAUCAUGGAGGAGGUCCAGGACGGCAAGGUGGUCUCCUCCCGUGAGCAGGUGCAUCGCUCCACUCACUGA